AUGACGACGCCCUGGUGGUCACCAUACUUAUCGCCAACUUCACCACUUGCAAAAUCCUCAUCAACAACAGAAGCUCUGCGGACAUACUGUUCUGGGAAGCUUUCAUCAAAAUGGGGGAAGCGUAGAACAUUCUCAGGCACCAUCGUCACUCUGAAGCUGUUUGAGGACAAUCAGUUGGUCAUGGAUCUUCUAGAAACUACUAGAGGUGAAGGGAGAGUUUUGGUUAUAGAUGGUGGUGGAAGCAGGAGACGUGCGAUGAUGGGGGGAUUAUUGUCACUACAGUUGGCUCAAGAUAUGGGGUGGGCUGCUAUUGUAGUAAAUGGCUGCAUUAGAGAUGUUGAGGAGAUUAAUGGAUGUGAUAUUGGAGUGAGAGCCUUGGCAUCCAUGCCUGUGAGAUCAAAUAAAGAAGGCAUUGGUGAAAAACAUGUCCCAGUUUACGUUGCAGGAACUUUGAUUCGUGAUGGGGAGUGGUUGUAUGCAGAUAGUGAUGGCAUCGCUGUCUCCAAAUAUGAGCUCUCAAUCUGA